UCAUCCACCAGAUGAAGGGGGAUUACGACGCGGCCCUGAAGCUCCACAAGACCCACCUGUGCAUCGCGCAGGAGCUGAGUGACUACGCAGCCCAAGGCCGUGCCUACGGGAACAUGGGCAACGCCUACAACGCCCUGGGCAUGCACGAGCAGGCUGUCAAGUACCACCGCCAAGAGCUGCAGAUCUCCAUGGAGGUAAACGACCGAGCCUCUCAGGCCUCAACGCACGGGAACCUGGCCGUCGCCUACCAGGCCCUGGGAGCUCAUGACCGGGCGCUGCAGCAUUACCAGAACCACCUGAACAUCGCCCGGGAGCUGCGAGACAUCCAGAGCGAGGCCCGGGCACUCAGCAACCUGGGGAACUUCCACUGCUCACGAGGGGAGUACGUCCAGGCUGCGCCCUACUACGAGGGGUACCUCCGCCUCGCCCCUGACCUCCAGGACAUGGAGGGAGAAGGGAAGGUCUGCCACAACCUCGGCUACGCCCACUACUGCCUCGGAAACUACCAGGAGGCUGUCAGGUACUAUGAACAGGACCUCGCCCUGGCCAAAGACCUUCACGACAAGCUGAGCCAAGCAAAAGCCUACUGCAACCUGGGCCUGGCCUUCAAGGCCCUGCUGAACUUCGCCAAGGCCGAGGAGUGCCAGAAGUACCUUCUGUCCCUCGCCCAGUCCCUGGACAAUUCCCAGGCUAAGUUUCGAGCCCUGGGGAACCUGGGUGAUAUAUUCGUCUGUAAAAAGGACGUAAACGGCGCAAUAAAGUUCUACGAGCAGCAGCUGGGCUUGGCUCACCACGUGAAAGACAGGCGGCUGGCGGCCGGCGCCUACGCGGCCCUGGGCACCGCAUACCGAAUGCUCCAGAAGCACGACAAAGCCUUGGGUUACCACACACAGGAACUGGAGGUCUAUCAGGAGCUGAGCGACUUGCCGGGUGAGUGCCGGGCUCACGGGCACUUGGCGGCUGUCUACAUGGCCCUCGGGAAAUACACCAUGGCCUUCAAGUGCUACCAGGAGCAGCUGGAGCUGGGCCGCAAGCUGAAGGAACCGAGCCUGGAGGCCCAGGCGUACGGCAACAUGGGCAUCACGAAGAUGAACAUGAGUGUGGUGGAGGAGGCCAUCGGCUACUUCGAGCAGCAGCUGGCCAUGCUGCAGCAGCUCAGCGGCAACGAGGCCGUGCUGGACAGGGGGCGGGCCUACGGCAACCUGGGGGACUGCUACGAGGCCCUGGGGGACCACGAGGAAGCCAUCAAGCACUAUGAGCAAUACCUGUCUGUCGCCCAGAGCCUGGGCCGCAUGCAAGACCAAGCCAAGGCCUACCGGGGUCUGGGAAAUGGGCACAGGGCAACAGGGAGCCUGCAGCAGGCCCUUGUGUGCUUCGAGAAGAGGCUUGUGGUGGCUCACGAGCUCGGGGAGGCCUCCAAUAAAGCUCAGGCCUACGGAGAGCUGGGAAGUCUCCACAGCCAACUGGGCAACUAUGAACAGGCCAUUUCCUGCCUUGAGCGCCAGCUGAACAUCGCCAGGGACAUGAAGGACCGAGCCUUGGAGAGCGACGCCGCCUGUGGCCUGGGUGGCGUCUACCAGCAGAUGGGGGAGUAUGACACGGCCCUGCAGUACCACCAGCUGGAUCUGCAGAUUGCCGAGGAGACAGACAACCCCACGUGCCAGGGCCGGGCCUACGGGAACCUGGGCCUCACCUACGAGUCCCUAGGCACCUUCGAGAGGGCCGUGGUCUAUCAAGAGCAGCACCUCAGCAUCGCGGCGCAGAUGAAUGACCUGGUGGCCAAGACAGCGUCCUACAGCAGCCUGGGCAGGACUCACCAUGCCCUGCAGAACUACUCCCAGGCAGUCAUGUACCUACAGGAAGGUUUAAGGUUAGCUGAACAACUGGGUCGAAGAGAAGACGAGGCAAAAAUCCGCCAUGGUCUUGGUCUCUCGCUUUGGGCGAGUGGAAACCUAGAGGAAGCUCAGCACCAGCUUUACAGGGCGUCGGCCUUAUUUGAGACGAUCCGGCAUGAGGCACAGCUGAGCACGGACUACAAGCUCUCUCUCUUCGACCUGCAGACAUCAUCCUACCAGGCCUUGCAGCGGGUGCUCGUCAGCCUAGGCCACCAUGACGAAGCCCUGGCAGUAGCAGAAAGAGGAAGGACGAGGGCGUUUGCUGACCUGCUGGUGGAAAGACAGACGGGACAGCAGGACUCCGACCCCUACUCACCCAUCACCAUCGAGCAGAUCUUGGAGAUGGUGAACGCACAGCGGGGACUGGUGCUGUACUACUCCCUGGCCGCAGGCUACCUCUACAGCUGGCUGCUGGCUCCCGGAGCAGGAAUCCUGAAGUUUCACGAACACUACCUGGGUGAUAAUUCGGUGGAAAGUUCCAGUGAUUUCCAAGCCGGCGGCAGCACAACCUUGCCCAUAGCAACCAGCUCUGCACUGGAGCAGCACAUCAGCAGCGUCAGGGAGGCCCUGGGGGUGGAGCCUUACUACUCCAGGGCCUGUGCCAGCAGUGAGACAGAGAGUGAGGCUGGGGACAUGAUGGAGCAGCAGGUGGAGGACAUGAGCAAGCAGCUCAACUCGGUGACCGAUCCCACGGGCUUCCUGAGGAUGGUGCGACACAGUAACCUCCUGCACAGGAGCUGCCAGAGCAUGACAAGCUUGUUCAGUGGCACGGUGUCACCCAGCAGGGAUGGAACCUCCUCUCUCCCCAGGAGGCAGAACUCACUGGCCAAGCCCCCACUCCGUGCCCUGUAUGAUCUACUCAUCGCGCCCAUGGAAGGGGGCCUGAUGCACUCCAGCGGCCCUGUGGGCCGGCACCGGCAGCUGGUCCUGGUUCUGGAGGGGGAGCUCUACCUUGUCCCCUUUGCUCUGCUGAAGGGCAGUGCCUCCAAUGAGUACCUAUAUGAGCGCUUUACUCUCGUCGCUGUGCCGUCCAUCCGCUCGCUCGGUCCACACUCCAAGUGUCACCUGAGGAAGACCCCACCCGCAUAUUCCAGCUCCACCGCCAUGGCAGCUGUCAUAGGCAACCCUAAGCUCCCAUCAGCAGUGAUGGACAGGUGGCUAUGGGGGCCAAUGCCUUCGGCAGAGGAGGAGGCGUACAUGGUAUCAGAGCUUCUGGGCUGUCAGCCCCUUGUGGGCAGCAUGGCCACCAAGGAGAGGGUCAUGAGUGCCCUGACCCAGGCGGAGUGUGUCCACUUUGCCACCCAUGUCUCCUGGAAACUGUCAGCUUUAGUCCUCACACCCAACACGGAGGGCAACCCCGCCAGCAGCAAGAGCUCCUUUGGCCACCCCUAUACCAUCCCUGAGUCGCUGCGGGUGCAGGACGAUGCAAGCGACGUAGAAAGCAUCUCAGACUGCCCGCCUCUGCGGGAGCUGCUCCUCACUGCUGCUGACCUCCUGGACCUACGGCUGUCGGUUAAGCUGGUGGUGCUCAGCUCGUCCCAGGAGUCCAACAGCCGCGUCACAGCGGAUGGCUUGGUGGCACUGACACGGGCCUUCCUAGCUGCUGGUGCACAGUGUGUACUUGUGGCUCUGUGGCCAGUGCCUGUAGCAGCUUCCAAGAUGUUUAUCCACGCCUUCUACUCGUCCCUGCUGAAUGGCUUAAAGGCCAGUGCCUCCCUGGGUGAGGCCAUGAAGGUUGUACAGAGCAGCAAGGCCUUCUCACACCCUUCCAACUGGGCAGGUUUCACACUUAUCGGGAGUGAUGUAAAGCUGAACAGCCCCUCAUCCCUCAUCGGCCAGGCCCUCACGGAGAUCCUACAGCACCCGGAGCGCGCACGGGACGCCCUGCGCGUACUGCUGCACCUGGUGGAGAAGUCCCUGCAGCGGAUCCAGAAUGGGCAGCGCAAUGCCAUGUACACAUCUCAGCAGAGCGUAGAGAACAAAGUGGGCGGCAUCCCCGGAUGGCAGGCUCUCCUCACUGCCGUGGGCUUCCGGCUGGACUCUGCUGCCAGUGGCCUGCCGGCAGCUGUCUUCUUUCCAACCGCAGACCCUGGCGAGCGCUUGCAGCAGUGCAGUAGCACCCUCCAGGCCCUGCUGGGUCUGCCUAACGCAGCCCUCCAAGCACUGUGCAAGCUCAUCACAGCCUCAGAAACGGGAGAGCAGCUCAUCAGCCGGGCUGUUAAAAAUAUGGUGGGAAUGCUCCAUCAGGUGCUGGUGCAACUGCAGGCCUGUGAGAAGGAGCAGGACUUUGCCUCGGCCCCUAUUCCGGUCUCCCUCAGCGUGCAGCUGUGGCGGCUCCCAGGGUGUCAUGAGUUCCUGGCAGCUCUCGGUUUUGACCUGUGUGAGGUGGGCCAAGAGGAAGUGAUCCUGAAAACCGGGAAACAGGCCAGCCGGCGCACUACCCACUUUGCACUCCAGGCCCUGCUGUCACUCUUCGAUUCCACUGAGCUCCCCAAGCGCCUCAGCCUGGACAGCUCAUCAUCCCUGGAGUCCCUGGCUUCAGCGCAGUCUGUGUCCAAUGCUCUGCCCCUGGGCUACCAGCACCCUCCUUUCUCGCCCACCGGGGCGGACAGCAUGGCUUCCGAUGCCAUCUCUGUGUACAGUCUCAGCUCCAUUGCUUCCUCCAUGAGCUUCGUCUCCAAGCCCGAGGCGGGUUUGGAAGGCGGGGGCCCCCGAGGACGACAGGACUAUGAUAGAGCCAAGAGCACCCACACACAACGAGCCACCCUGCCACGGCGCCAGCUGUCCCCCCAGGGCACACGUGGGACAAGCAAGGAAGAAGAAGAAUACGAGGGGUUCUCCAUUAUCAGCAUGGAGCCACUGGCAGCCUACCAAAGUGACGGGAAGGCACGCUUCUCCCCAGACCCCAAGCAGCCGUGUGUCAGGGCACCGGGCGGUGUGAGGCUGUCAGUCAGCUCCAAGGGGAGUGUCAGCACACCCAACUCCCCCGUGAAGAUGACCCUGAUCCCAAGCCCAAACUCACCCUUCCAGAAAGUGGGGAAACUGGCCAGCUCAGACACAGGUGAGUCGGACCAGUCCAGCACGGAGACCGACAGCACCGUCAAGUCCCAGGAGGAGACCACCCCCAAGCUCGACCCCCAGGAGCUGGCCCAGAGGAUCCUAGAGGAGACCAAAAGCCACCUCCUGGCGGUAGAGCGCCUUCAGAGGAGUGGUGGCCCAGCAGGCAAGGGCCCUGACCGAGAAGAUGGCAUGGUAGCACCCAACAGCACCACAGUCUUCAGGGCGUCAGAAACCAGCGCCUUCAGCAAGCCUGUCCUCUCCCACCAGAGAAGUCAGCUGUCGCCGCUCACUAUCAAACCCCAGCCCCCGGCCAGGAGCUCAUCCCUCCCCAAGGUGAGCAGCCCUACCACACCAGAGGUGUCAGGCAAGGAUGGCCUGAGCCCUCCUGGCAGCAGCCACCCGUCACCUGGCCGUGACACCCCAGCCUCCCCAGCAGACCCACCGCUCUUUAGACUCAAGUACCCCAGCUCUCCUUACAGUGCACACAUUUCCAAGUCCCCCCGGAACGCAUCCCCUGGCUCAGGCCACCAGUCCCCUGCGUGCAGUGCACCGUCUCCUGCACUCUCCUACUCUUCAGCUGGCUCUGCCCGCUCCAGUCCAGCCGAUGCCCCUGAUGAGAAGGUGCAGGCAGUGCACAGCCUCAAGAUGCUCUGGCAGAGCACACCCCAGCCCCCCAGGGGCCCCCGGAGAAUAUGCCGAGGUGCGCCGGGAGCCUUGACAUCCAAAAGAGAUGUCCUCAGCCUGCUGAACCUGUCCCCUCGGCAUGGCAAAGAGGAGGGCGGGGCAGACAGGCUGGAACUGAAGGAGCUGCCUGUGCAGCGGCAGCGUGACGAGGUGCCAUCCAAAGUCCCCACCAACGGCCACUGGUGCACGGAGACAGCGGCACUGACAACAUCUGGUGGCCUCAGCACCACAGCCGCCACACGCCCCCUGAGACUGCCCUUGGCCAAUGGUUACAAGUUCCUGUCCCCAGGAAGGCUCUUCCCUUCCUCCAAAUGUUAAAGCAUUGUCUUGCCCUGGCCCCUCAUCUA